GCUUCGGUAACGGAUAAAAUCGAUAAUCGUAUACUGGUCCACUUCGAUGGAUGGGAUGAACGAUAUGACUACUGGUGACAUCCAUUCUCCUUACAUUCAUUACAUCGAUUGGCAUCACGAAAAUGGUUACAACAUCACACCACCACCAGACUGGAACAAGGGUGAAUUCGAAUGGGUCAAGUACAUCCGGUUGAAGUCGCGCCGAAUUGGCAAGGCUAUUAUACCGGCGGACCAGUCGCUUUUUGCCACGAGACAGCCAAUGGACUUCAAACCGGGCAUGAAGCUGGAGGUGGUGGAUCGCAAGAACCAAAUGCUCAUUCGGCCGGCGACGGUCGUGGCCACGGACGGGUACGAAAUUAAAGUAUGCUUCGAUGGUUGGCCAAAUUUUUACUCGUUCUGA